AUGCAAACUGUUUUCGUAUCUGGCGCUUCGGGAUUCAUUGCCCUACAUGUUGUUAACGACUUAUUGGAAAGCGGAUAUAAGGUAAUUGGUUCAGUCAGAAGUCAGCAAAAGGCAGAUCGUUUACUAAAACAGUUCAAUAAUCACAAGAACUUGUCGCUCGUAAUUGUCUCCGAUAUUGCACAACUAGGAGCCUUCGAUGAUGUCUUCGAGAAGUAUGGUGAAGAAAUCUCGAUCGUUCUUCACACUGCCUCGCCAUUCCACUUUUCUACCACAGAAUACGAAAAGGAUCUGCUAAUUCCAGCGCUCAACGGUACUAAGGGCAUCUUGGAGUCGAUCAAAAAAUACGCUGCUUCUUCUGUUGAAAGAGUCGUGGUGACGUCUUCAUACGCGGCUGUGACGGACUUUGCAGGCGACAGUGACAAAACUAAGACGUUUACAGAGGAAUCGUGGAACCCGGUUACCUGGGAAGAGGCUAAAAAGGAUCCUUAUACCGCAUACUAUGGCUCUAAGACGUUUGCCGAAAAAGCUGCUUGGGACUUUUUGAAGGAAAACAAGGAUAAGGUUAAGUUCAAAUUAACUACGGUGAAUCCCGUUUUUGUCCUCGGUCCGCAAUUGUUUGACGAAAAUGUUUCUGCCAACUUGAAUACAUCUUGCCAGUUCAUCAACGACAUAGUUCACUCCACACCAGAAACGGAGUUAGAUAAAAACCUUUUCGGAGGCUUCAUCGACGUUCGUGAUGUUUCUAAGGCACACCAGCUUGCAUUUGAAAGAGAUGACUUAAUUGGCCAAAGACUGAUCCUUUCAGAAGGAAGAUUUACUAUGCAAGAUUUCGCUGAUAUAAUAAACGAAGACUUUCCAAAACUCAAGGGCAAAAUUGCAGUCGGGAAACCUGGUUCGGGGCAAGAUCUUUUGAAAAGCAUUGCGAAAUUGGACAAUUCUAAGACUAAGAGACUCCUUGGUUUCAAAUUCAGAAGCCUACAAGAGACUGUAGAUGACACUGUAUCUCAAAUUCUAAAAGCUGAGCACAAGUAG